GCUCCUCACUGCGCCACCCUGCGGCCCGGCCCCUCCCACCGCACCGCCGCCGCGCGCCCGGCCGUCCGGCCCCACUCGGCGCCGCCUGGAGCCGGCGAGCACAGCGCCCGCGCGAGGCACUUGUCCUCCGAGCAGGCCCCUCCGCCCGGCCCACCCGGCCUCCCGCGCCCUGCGAGCCCCCGCGCACCGCCGCGCCUGGUCAUGUCAGCAUGGACAUCCGGCAGCACGAGUGGCUCUCGGCCUCCCCCCAUGAGGGCUUCGAGCAGAUGAGGCUCAAAAGCCGCCCCAAGGAGCCCUCGCCGAGCCUGACCCGAGUGGGCGCGAACUUCUACAGCAGCGUCAAGCAGCAGGACUACAGCGCCAGCGUCUGGCUCCGGAGGAAAGACAAGCUGGAGCACUCCCAACAGAAGUGUAUUGUGAUCUUUGCCCUGGUAUGCUGCUUCGCCAUUCUCGUUGCAUUGAUAUUUUCAGCUGUGGAUAUCAUGGGAGAGGAUGAGGAUGGACUCUCAGAAAAAAAUUGUCAAAAUAAAUGUCGAAUUGCCCUGGUGGAAAAUAUUCCAGAAGGCCUUAACUAUUCAGAAAAUGCACCAUUUCACUUACCACUUUUCCAAGGCUGGAUGAACUUACUCAACAUGGCCAAAAAGUCUGUUGACAUAGUGUCUUCCCACUGGGAUCUCAACCACAGCCAUCCAUCAGCAUGUCAGGGUCAACGUCUUUUCGAAAAGCUGCUCCAACUGACUUCGCAAAAUAUUGAAAUCAAGCUAGUGAGUGAUGUGACAGCUGAUUCAAAGGUAUUAGAAGCCUUGAAAUUAAAGGGAGCUGAGGUGACCUACAUGAACAUGACCGCCUACAACAAGGGCCGGCUUCAGUCCUCCUUCUGGAUCGUGGACAAACAGCAUGUUUACAUUGGCAGUGCUGGUCUGGACUGGCAAUCCCUGGGACAGAUGAAAGAACUGGGUGUCAUCUUCUACAACUGCAGCUGCCUGGUCUUAGAUUUACAAAGGAUAUUCGCUUUAUAUAGUUCAUUAAAAUUCAAGAGCAGAGUACCUCAGACCUGGUCCAAGCGGCUCUAUGGAGUCUAUGACAACGAGAAGAAACUGCAGCUUCAGUUGAACGAAACCAAAUCUCAAGCUUUCGUGUCGAAUUCUCCCAAACUCUUCUGCCCUAAAAACAGAAGCUUUGACAUAGACGCCAUCUACAGUGUGAUAGAUGAUGCCAAGCAGUAUGUAUAUAUUGCUGUCAUGGACUACUUGCCCAUCUCCAGCACAAGUACCAAAAGGACUUACUGGCCAGACUUGGACGGGAAAAUAAGAGAAGCAUUAGUUCUGCGAAGCGUUAAAGUUCGACUCCUUAUAAGCUUCUGGAAGGAAACUGACCCCCUUACAUUUAACUUUAUCUCAUCUCUUAAAGCUAUUUGCACUGAAAUAGCCAACUGCAGUUUGAAAGUUAAAUUUUUUGAUCUGGAAAGAGAGAACACUUGUGCUACAAAGGAACUAAAGGAUCACACCUUUCCUAAAUUAAAUCGCAACAAGUACAUGGUGACGGAUGGCGCGGCUUACAUUGGAAAUUUUGACUGGGUAGGGAAUGAUUUUACCCAGAACGCUGGCACAGGCCUUGUUAUCAACCAAGCAGAUGUAAGAAACAACACAAGUAUCAUUAAGCAACUUAAAGAUGUGUUCGAGAGGGACUGGUACUCGCCCUAUGCCAGGACCUUACAGCCGACCAGACAGCCGAACUGCUCGAGUCUGUUCACACUCAAACCCCCCUUCCACAAAGCUGCCACAUACAACUCAAGUGGGAAGGACCCCGUGAGUGUAUAAUGCGGAUGGACAAACUGACAGGACAGCUUGUAUUUACUAUUUAUAUAUAAAGGUCUUGAGGAGAGAAACACAUUUAAUAUGUUUUUUUUAGGGAAAAAGCACACUUAUAAAAAAUAUUCUCUGAACACUCUGUAAUAUCUUAAUCUAACAAUAUUUUAGCAGCAUAUACACUCAGUGUAAGACUUUUGUAUUUGUUACUUCUGACAGGGAAUGUCAUUUCUGCUGGGAAGCUAGUUUUUAUGCUGGCAUACAACUUUUAAGACUUGGACGCCUCUCCCUUCCUACCUUUAGAACUCUUUCUGCCAACCCACCUGCUCAGUUCUUAGGAAGCUUAGCAUGAGGUAAACUCAUUACCACCCUUUCGAGAACUGCUGAAUUCUAGAGGAGAGGGAGGAUUCACCUUUCAGGAGACCCUGAUGGAACCAAGUAGUUAUCCUUGUACACCGUCCCCACGACCAGCCACCAUCUGAGCCCGACCAGAUCCAUCUCAUGUCAGCCUUCAGCGCUUGAAAAAUGCCUUUUUUGCCUCCUUGUUUAUAUUCUUCUAAUACCAUAGCUUUUCUUUUGUAUCAUUUUCUUUUCCAACAAAAUGUUUUCAUAAUAUAGUGUCCCUGUAUACACCUCACCAUUAAGGUCCAAGUGCCAUCAUAUCUUCUGAAAAUGUAUGAAGUCCUCAGAAUGGAUACAAAGUGGAAAUAGCCGCCUUUAAUUUUCACCUAUCAGCUGCAUUGUUCCCCUACCAAACUGAUUUUAAAACCACAGCCAGCAAUAUGUAUCCUUUCUCUCAAGCUCAGAAAAAUUAUGUAGCCAUCUGCUAAUAUCCAGCAAGCUAUUAAGUCUGCAUUAGGAGAAUAAAGUAGUCCUUCACUUUUUUUGUUUAGUUUAUGGUAUUAUAAAGGAAAGAUCUCUGUGCGUCCAUGCAUUUUAAUUUCUUUAUAGUCAUUAUACUGUUAAGAGUAUGCCAGCAAGCAUCUGUAGAGCUAUUUAAUACACCUUCUGCUGUUUAAUAUACCAAAUGCUUUUCAGAGAAAUGCAAUUUAAAUACUGUGCUUAACAUAUUUUACUAAAAAACAGAAAUAUGGACUCUUGUUCUAUAAUGUCAUUGUGCAAUGGUGUUUUAUAUCUAUACAAUAUAUAACCCUAUAUUAAUGGAGACUGUCGCACACUGGAGAGAGGCAGGGUCUCUUCAGAGCCCAGAGCAGGUAGCAAUCAAGAUGCCCGGUGUGAAAGUUGCUCCUGACUCUCUGUGGCCUGGAAUAGAGUCCUGAGCUCCUUGGCCUUGGGUUUCUGUUGGUAAUGUAGGGACAGUAAUGCCUACCUCACCAAGAUGUUGUCAUGGUAGGAAAUAUUUAUAACUUGUUUUGAAAUCAAAAGAACCUAUAUAAAUGCUAAGCAUUAUGAUGUAUAAUCUCUUUCUUGAAGUAAUCUUUGUGGUAUUCUGAUGUAACCAAUACCAGGUUCUCCCAGGGAACCUGCAAGGGGAAACAGAUCCACAGCUUCCAGCUGCAAAUGUGGAUGAACACAGCAUGUCAAACCCUGCUGGGAGAGUGGAUUGUUAUCAUUUCGAUGGAACAUUUUGUCAUGUCACUUUGACAUAAAUAACAUCAACACGAAAGUAGACACUGUGCUAGGGACUCUUCUUUGGGAUGGGCUUAUACAUGUGUUUUCAGAGCAUGGAAAAGCAAUCUCAAUGAUUUCUUUUACUUUUAGAGACUUGACCUUUACUAUGCCACAAAGAGCAACAGAGGAGCCCAUGGGUCUUACCCAGUGUGUUCACAUGGUGUGGAGUGGCUCUGGCUGCACAUCUGGCAAUCACAUAACUUCCUUUCUUUUUGUUUCCGAGUAUUGCUUUACUGGAUAUUUAACUGGUCAGUGAAGAGAGCUGGAAGAGGGCUCUAUUUUUCAGAGAAGCAACUUUUUAUGAAUGACUGGAGGAUUCUUAAUGGAAUUCUUCAUUAAUAAUGACUAGCCCAUAAGACUAAAUAUUUACCAUAUGCCCAGUCCUCGUGUGAGUAGGGAGUCUACCCUGCCCGUUAUCUCAGUAAAGAUGGUUUGGUGAUGUUUUAAAAAGGAAAGAAAACAAAAGAAGGCAAGUGAAGAGUAGGUGUGGAGACAAACAAACAUCCCAAGCUCAAUCAUGGGCAAAGAAAAGCACCCUGGGCUGGGUUUGAGAAGGAUGUCUAAAGAGGAGAGAUGGUAGCCUCCCGGAGGACUUGUCAGACCCAUGCGACAAGCACAAGCUUGGUAACGCUCCCUUCACUGUCACUAUCUUAUAUGUGAUAGAAGAUCAUUUUGUCCUCUAUGAAAUGGCCAUCAUUGCCAUUUCCCUCUGCACCCAUCAAAAAGGUAGCACCAGGUGCUAUGUCAGGGAUUCUCUGCCAUGCACCCACAGCUGCAGAUCCCCGCCCGGCCCAGCAGCUCCUCCUCAGGGCCCAGGCAGAGCCUGGUCACUGACUCCAGGAGGCACUGCUGGCUUUCUGUGGCAGCCAGGAAACCAGCCCCGUACAGAGUGUCACCAGUGGGUCCAUACAAGAACAUUUAUUCCUGCAGAACUUUCUUUUACAUUUGGAUGUUUUGUCCACCACUCUAAAUGUGGGCUCCCUGUCUUUUAGACUUUGUGCCUAUGCUAAAAUAUACUACCAGCUUCCAUUCUUACCCCACAGACAAACAUGCCAGGAAUUAUUUCCCAGGAGGAAAAGAAGACAAAAAAAAAAACACUUCAAUUUGAGACUAUGGUAUGGGCAUCUGUGCCAGAAAUUUGGAGAGGAAGGUGAUUACUUACCUCCAUUUUUCCCCAAAAGAACAUUCCAGGCGUUAUUUCCUAAGGGGAAAGUAAAAAGGAAAGCAAACACGAUUUCAGACUCUAUUUUAGAUUUCUGUGCUACUGACAUUAUUAACCUAGUACCUUAUUUAUUCUCAAGGAUUGCUUUUAAACAGUGAUUCACUAUCUGAGCAUACUUCUGCCCACUGUGGAGUACAGUAGAACCUUCUGAUGGGCCUUCCAGUUGGAAACUUGCAAUGAGUGUCAAUGCUUUGCAUAGAGCCUUCCCUUCUCCCAAGCCACACAACUUUGAUCCCCACCCCCCACAAAUCAAGUAAUUGACACACACUGUUAAAAAUCAAUUCUGUUGGCUUCCACUGCCCUGCCACUGGACAUUGGCCACUGGUAUAUUGAAUAAUUGAUCACAGCUUGCCAAACCACUUCAAGAAAGUGGAACAUUCUAGAUAAUAUCCAUGCUCUGUAAAUGCCAUGCUUUGGGUACUGAAAACAAUGGAAGUGAGGCACACUGACAAUGUCCCCAGUAUCUUUAAGGACCUUGUAAAGAGGUGCUUUGUGGACUUCCAGAGUCUCAGAGAAUGUAGAAGGAAAACUAGCACCUUAACAAAGUCAAAGCACACCCAGAAAAAGAAACAAAAGAGCUGUGAGGAGACUUUAUGUCUGUGUAGCUCUGAGCACCUUUUUUCUGUUCCAGCUGUGUCUGUGCUGUCAUCUCAUUUCUGAACUGUUUUCUGGUGAGGGGGGUCUGAUCACAUUUCUGGUUGGCCUUACCCUUUGACAAUGUGUUCCAUCACUGUGGUUGCCGGUUUGUGAAAAGUGCCUCGCUGAACCCGGGGCGGAGAGAAGCUCAUUUCCCACCAGCCUGUGGCUAUUCUCAAGUGACUGAUUCAUUCUGAGUCUUCUGUUUGUUUUUAGAAACUUUUGUGGAACUAAAUUCAGGGGGGAAAUAAAUAAAAGGACUGUAAGAAUGUCUUGAUACGAUCAGACCCAGGGUCUGUCUUUCUCAGGAAUUCUAUCCACCUUCUUGUCAUGUAUGACCACUCGUGUGACUUUCUCUCUCCAGAAUUCAUUCCAUUAGUUCUAACGUUGAAGGAAUGUAAAAAGCCUUCACUCACGAUGGAAGAAUUAUCUUUUCUAAUGAAAGAUGCCUCACUAUUGGCUAUUCUAAACUCAGUCCCUUAUAAGCAGCCCUGGGUAGUGUGGAUGAAUGUUGGAAUCUUUGGUUUUCUGCACUUAUUCUCAAUGUCCUGGUGCACUUUGCCAUAAAUCUUCUGAAGGAGAAAUAAUUGUGAUAAUGUCAUUUGGUCUAAGGUAGAUUGGAUAAUUUCAUCCAUACUCAGCAUUUGUCCAUUGACUAUGAGGUAGCUUCUUUGCUUUUCCUUUUAUAUGUUGGGAAACGAAUAGCUGUUUAUCAUUUUUACCUUAUUGAUUUAAAUUGCUUUUUAAUAGCCAUGAAUUAACCCCAGUUCAUAGUCUACCCUCCCCAUUUGAGAGAAUUCCCAUCUUUGGGCUGAAUUAUGAAGAUAAUUGCUUUUUAUGGUGACUACGUAUGCCUCAGAAGUUUCUUAAAAUAGUAAAAAGUGAAUUUAGUUUUUGACCCAUCAGUCAUCUUGUACUUACAGAGUUCUAAAAAGGUCACUGACCCCUUCUGCUUCUUUGGGCAAUUGGCUGAAAAGAAAUGAGAUUUUAUAGGCUUUUAUGCAUUUUCUUUUAUGUUCAACUACCAAACUUCUAAUUGUGUUGCAAAGGAUAUCUUGAAUUUAAUGUUCCUUAAUGUAAUUAGGGUAAAGUUGUACCUGGACAUAUCUAUAUUAUUGACCUUAAGAUCCCUAAAUACAUUGUUGUGAUAAAGGGCUGAAUCUAAGGGCAUCAUUAAAAUUCUCAAACCUCUCUUAUAACCAAAUGCUCAAUUCUUUAAUAAGUAAAUUUUAUAUGGCUUUUUCAUUCUGUGAGAUGAGGCAUUUAUUUUUCUCCUCAGCUUGAUCUCAGAAACAAGCCAGUCUCCCAUCAGUAUCCAAGCUGCACUCUAAAGGAUGGAUAAGGUAAAUGCAGCUAGCCCCAUGGCCUGUGGUCCCAACAUUUUGUAUAUUUGCCCAAGAGGCAUCUCUGUAACCUAUUCUUGUCUCUCUAAAAAAAAAAGUUUGUUUUGAUUAUUUAUUGGUUUUAUAAAUGACCAUUUUUUAGUGAAGACCACCACAGUAUUCAGGUUGUACUCUCUGACCCAGGGACCGACAAACAUUUGUGCACAUGAACUCCCCUACCUCCUGUACUUACCCACCAUACUCUAAUCUUUCUAGGCUGCCCAUAGUUGAACACACCUGGUGUCUGCUCAAUAAAUCCAUCCUGAGUCUCAGGUUGAGAAGAUGCCUUGAAAGCCAUCCAAGUCAACUCCUCCAAAUGCACGAAUUGCCCUCCUCCUGGACCACUCAGAAGUUGGGGACCUGCUCAAGCCAAAUGUAUUUAGAGUGCUUAGUACAAUAUCUUUCACAAGACCCACAGAGAAUACAAAUUUAUUGAUUUUCUAAAGUAAUUUGGAUUUGAGACAGUCUUAUCUCUCAAAGAAUGAACAUGGUGUAAGUAUAAAAUAGGUACCCUUUGUAUACAGUGACAAAAUCUGAAGAUGCAGACUUUUUUUAAAUUGAUGUUCAUACAAUAAAAUGCACAAAUCCUAGAGUACACCUCGAUACAUUUUUGACAGGUGGACCAUACUUUUUUUUAAAGCUGCCAUUUGAGAAUUUAGCAAAGGUUGGUAAAUGAAGCCAACUUACUGAAUUUGCAAUAGUCAACAAUAAUUUGAUUUUUAUCAGCAGUUUCUGAAUCCUGUAAUUUCAUUUUUUUUAAUUGGCCUGACCAUCUGAGAGAUAAUCAUGUGCAGAGUCCAGUUAAAUCAUAGAGUGAAGAUCAUUUAUGAUUUAUUUUUAUUUCAUAUGAGACAAAUUAGUAAAGAAAAAGUUCUCCUUUUUUUAAAAUGGACAUCUGACUCUCAAACCCAUUCUUUUUGGCCUCAGACGUGUUGAAAGUUCUUAAUUCCCUUAUGAACUCUACCACCUCCCAUGGGUGAAGAAUUCUGAGGAAUGGCUGAAAAAUUCUGAGCUCUUUGUAAGGCAUGAUCAUGGAUAAACCUGGUCUCCAAUUUAGUGUCCCCACAUGGGUAUACAACACUUCAUAGGGGCAUGACCUCAAUUUCCAGAAUUAAAAAUAUUGAAAUUAUAUUGAAAAGACCAUUCAGAAAAUAUGAUCCAAAACCAUUCAUGUGAUUUAGAGCUUAAUUUACAAUUCCAUUUACUUUUACUGAAAAGUGGAGACCAUCUGAUUUUCAGAAAGCACAUGUUAUUAAAGGCAAAAUCCCCCCCCAAAAAAGUGUAAGUAAAAGAAAGGCAGCACCAUAGUCCCAGGGAAGUUAUGGUAUUGAUGGAAUACUCUGAUAAUCCUCCAUGAGAAAGUGUCAUUGAGAAACAAAAGCUAUAUGUCCCCAGCAGUAAAGCUGUAUAUCAUUAUCCAUAUUUCCUGGGUGGAUUUAUGGUUUUCCUGAAGUCCUGGAAAGACCACACCCAUAGCUGCUGCAUGAACAGAACCAUGUUUCUGUCCCGUGAAUUCUCCACGCUGGCCACAGCUAAGUGAACUAAGCUUAUAACUUGGUUAUAAGAGGGUGGUGGCCUAGGAAAGAACUUGACCUGACAGUCUUGCCUGACACCUGGCCCCACCAUAGCAGAGCUCCCCUCCAGGGAGUGAUAGGAAGUAAAUAAGGAGCAGUAAGCACCCGAAAUAGACCGAGAGAGGACUAAGGCAUGCUCCUGUGCCACCUUAGAGCAGUUGAAACAAUUAGAGUUCUCACUGACUCACCAUGUCUGCUCUAAGGUUACUGGAGUAAUAAUGGUUGAUUCCUGAACAUCAGGGCUGUUUUUUGUAGUUACUACUCUACUUUCUUCUCUCUCCUUUUUUGUGUAUUGACAUAAAUAAACU